UCCAUGGCGGAUCUUUAUACCUACACUGUCAAGUUUCUUUUUCUGCAGAAAUUAUGAAAAACCUUCAAUGAUUCGUUUUCGUUUUGGAUUUCUAUUGUGGAUGUGAAGUGUGGCGGUGCGGUCUCGGUGAUCGGGCUCGUUGGUCUCCGCCACCAUGUUCAGUGGAACGGUGCGCGUUAAGGUGUGUGAGGCUACUGGCCUUAGACCGACGGAUUUUCAGAAAAGGCACAACAUGACCUUCGGGAAGCCUGACGAUCAGCCGAUAGAUCCCUAUGUGUCUAUCGAUGCAGAUGAACAUCAUUUAGACCGCUCCACUACGAAACCCAAAACAUUUGACCCUGUUUGGAACGAAACAUUUUCACAUGAAGUUCAAAGUGCCACUAAUCUAUGCAUCACAGUAUUUCAUGAUGCUGCAAUACCCCCAGAUGACUUUGUUGCUAAUUGCACAAUUCCCUUUGAAGAUCUUAUGCACAGAGAAAAGGAUGCUACGGACUUUUGGGUGGAUCUCGAGCCACAGGGGAAAAUUCAUCUCAAAAUUGAUCUCAAGUGGAAUUCUCAAGCAGCGGGUGCGGCGGCCGCGAGCGGGCCUCGGCGCGAGUUCAAAGAGGGCGCAGGCUUCGCUCGGCGUCGAGGAGCCUUGCGUCGCAGGGUUCAUCAGGUCAACGGACACAAGUUUAUGGCCACCUUCCUUCGCCAGCCCACGUUCUGCUCGCACUGCCGAGAGUUCAUCUGGGGCCUCGGCAAACAAGGCUACCAGUGUCAAGUCUGCACGUGCGUGGUGCACAAGCGGUGUCACUCGUCCAUCGUCACGAAGUGCCCCGGCAUGCGAGAAGACCAGAGCGUGUCGGGCGGACAGCGCUUCAGCGUCAACGUGCCUCACCGCUUCGUGGUGCACUCGUACAAGAGGUUCACUUUCUGCGACCAUUGCGGCUCUCUGCUCUACGGGCUCAUCAAGCAGGGCCUGCAGUGCGAAGUGUGCUCCAUCAACGUGCACAAGCGCUGUCAGAAGAACGUGGCGAACAACUGCGGCAUCAACACCAAGGCCAUGGCCGCCAUCCUCAGCGAGAUGGGCAUCACCCCGGACAAGAACCCUCGUCCCAGAGCCUCCAAGUACUUGAACACGCCCAUGUUGGAAGGCGCACCCGAUUUCAUUCCCGAAGACGGCAAGGACGACAGACGGGACGAGAGAGCCGAGGAGGAGGGCGUGGCGCUGUGGGGCUCGCAGUGGAUGGAGCUCAGAGACAUUUUCACCAACUUCGAAGGUGUCCCCGGGCAGCGGACGCGGCGGUCCCCGUGGGACGAGCUGGAAGAUAUUUUCGGGUUCAAUGAAGGCGGGUCGGGCGGGGCGGAGUGCGAGGGCGGGAAAGUGUCCCUGGACGACUUCCACUUCAUCAAGGUGCUGGGCAAGGGCUCCUUCGGGAAGGUCAUGCUGGCCGAGAAGAAGGGCACCGACGAGGUGUACGCGGUGAAGGUCCUGAAGAAGGACGUGAUCAUUCAGGACGACGACGUCGAGUGCACGCUGACGGAGCGGCGCGUGUUGGCCUUGGCCGCCCGCCAUCCCUUCCUCACGGCGCUGUACUGCGCCUUCCAGACGCCCGAGAGGCUGUUCUUCGUCAUGGAGUACGUGGACGGAGGGGAUCUCAUGUUCCAGAUACAGCGGGCUCGGAAGUUCGACGAGCCGCGGGCCAGGUUCUACGCGGCGGAGGUGACGCUGGCCCUGCAGUUCCUUCACUCGCACGGGGUCAUCUACCGAGAUCUCAAACUCGACAACAUUUUACUCGACAGCGACGGCCACUGCAAGCUCGCCGACUUCGGCAUGUGCAAGGAGGGCAUCAUAGACGGAGUCACCACGACCACGUUCUGCGGGACGCCCGACUACAUCGCGCCCGAGAUCCUGCAGGAGCUGGAGUACGGCCCGUCGGUGGACUGGUGGGCGCUGGGCGUGCUCGUGUACGAGAUGCUGGCGGGGCAGCCGCCCUUCGAGGCGGACAACGAGGACGACCUGUUCGAGAGCAUCCUGCACGACGACGUGCUGUACCCCGUGUGGCUGUCCAAGGACGCCGUGUCGCUGCUCAAGGGCUUCAUGACGAAGAACCCGGCGCGGCGGCUGGGCGUGGCCGGCGGCUCCUCGGGCAUCCUGGCGCACGCCUUCUUCCGGGACGUCGACUGGGACGCCCUGGCCGCCCGGCGUCUGCGCCCGCCCUUCCGCCCCAAGACGCGCGGCCGCCGCGACGCCGCCAACUUCGACGCCGAGUUCACCAAGGAGGAGCCGGCGCUGACGCCCGUGCCGCACGACGUCCUGCGGGCCAUCAACCAGGAGGAGUUCCAAGGAUUUUCGUUCGUGAACGCGGACUUCAACCCGCAGCGCGACGAGCGUCCGCCCCAGUGAGAGUCGGCCGCCGUCCGCCGAGGGCGCCUUUCUAGUCACGGCUCGUGGAGCCGGAGUCGCCGUUUGUUUUGUCUUAGCUUAGGUUGAGGAGGCGCCGUCCUCGGUCGAGCGCUUCGCGGUCGGGGCCGCCGGAGUCUCCUCUCGCGGUCGUCUCUCCGGAUCGACCCGAAGACGGUCCGCGACGUCGGCGACCGCGAGAGAUCUCCGCGAUCGCGAUUAUAAUAAAAAAAGGAAAAAAAUCUUGUGCUCCUAGUCUGUUAAAAAAGUAUAUUUUCCUCGAAGAUGAAUAUGAAGAGUUGAGCAAUUAUUGAUUGUUGUAAAUAUUGAACUAAUGCGACGCGUCGCCCGAACGCGCCUCGGGGUCUCGGCCUCUCUUUCGGCGUCCGUUCGAGUUUUCUUCGAAGGGUCGUUUGAAGCCCCAUUUGUGUGCGCCGGUGCCGAACGGGUCGCCCGGAGCACCUUCCGUCUCCGUCUCUCGGUCCCCGGAGGGUCACGAAAGUCCGAAUCCGCUUCUCCGGGCGUGGGGCGGAGGCGCAUCUCGCAUAAUACUCAGUGUCCUAUCCGCCUUCUCGCGUUCGGUCGUUCGAGACGUCGUUUGCCAUAAUAAUGUGUUUCGGUACUCCGAGUGCGUUCGGAGCGCCGUUGUUGUUUUUUAUUACGUUUUAUCACAAACCGUCGAGCCGUUCGCGGCCCCGGGAAGUAUUAUUUAUUAUAGUUAAGUCGAUACCAAAGGUUUAGUCGUAAGGAGCGAGCGAAGUCGGCCCGGACGGGUGGCUUUACGUAGUGUUAGCGUCGUCGUCCGAUUCUUUUAUAAUUUAUUUAAUUCGGUGUCGCCCCCGACGCGGGUCGCGAUAGCUUUUAGAGUCGCAGCGAGUGCGCGGUCCCCGUUCGCCGAAGCCCGCGGCCGGGGAUCGACGUGCUCCUGGAUCUCGAAUACUUUACGUAGAUCGUAGUUUCGGCCGCCCCCGCCUCUACUUUGUAAGAAAUGGCCUAUGGGUUCGAUGUGUGUCUCGUGUUAGGGCUUAAUUUAAUCGUUUCCCGGCCGCAGGUCGGUCGAAAGAAUUCACCGUUCGUUCUCACUUCUCGUUUUGGAAAUUGGCUCGAGUACCUCGAAAGCUUUUAGAUCCGAUCGAGUCUCCGUUCUCUUCGACCUAGCCGUCGGUCGGCGAUCGCUUUAUCGAAUUAUCGAAUGGCGCAUAUAAUUAUAUUAAUAUUUAAGAAACGCGUCGUCCGCGCGUCUCACCUUCCGACCGAAAAGCAAAGUUUGAGAUUCGAUUUUUUGGAAUCUUUACAUUUUUGUCGAUUUAUUUACGAUUUGUUAAUUUUAAGUAUUACGAUAGCUGUGUAAGUAGAAGAAUUUUAUUCGCGGUUUACCGUAAAGGCUCGGGCGUCUCUUCUUUUGACUCUUGACGACUUUACAAUUAAUUAUUUAUCGUUACGGGUAAUCGCCCGAGACCUUCUUCCUUUUUACAAUUUUAUACUUUAAGUCGUUUUUAUGACUGUUUUGUGUCGAGUUCGGUUUAUUGUUCGGAGCCCGCGGAGCAGUCCGUUUGAUGAGUUACGUACGCUUUGGAGUGAGAUCUUUUUUAAUUUAUUGAAAUAGAGGUUUUGUGCCAAAUCACACGAAGCUUAAUAUUACUUACGCUUUUACUCAGAUGUUUUAUUUUUGUUUUGCAAUUUAUAAGAGACCAGAGAUUUUAUAAGAUGACAAGAGUUUAUAUAUAAAGUUACCUAAUUAAUACAAUAUUUGUAUGCAUUUUUAUUAAUUUUGUUGAUUGAUUUGAUGACGAUUAGAUGUUUAUUAUUAUUCUUGUUGUUCGAUAUAUAUAAUGAUAUAUGAUAAUGACGCUUACUUAUUCGUGUUACGCGCCGAGUACGGCGUGUUUUGAUUGUAUAGUCUUUAGAGAAAUGGCAUCGACCUAAUCCAGUGAACUUUGACUCUCCGUUCCGGCGUUUCGCUUCCGGCGACGGCAGAUCGGAGAAUCGUGGCCGAGGUGACAAUAUCUUAUCCACUGUCGAUAUUCCCACCGUCACGAAAAAAUUUAAAGAUACCUCGGGAACGAAAAGAAUCCUGCGCAAUAGCCGUACUAAAGAGAUUAAAAAGCCAAAGAUGAAGGUACGAGCGUCCCCGAAGCCGAGGACCACGAGUAGUCUUGCCAUAAAAUAUAGUUAUCGUGUCGCUUCCCGCGAGGUGUUGUCGGAUGUCGGCGAAGGAUAUCUCACUUUGUGUCGGGGACGGUUUUUCAAAAGUGAUGAAUUCGGUUUUUAUUUUAAAUCGAAAGAAAAGGCCGGUCGCCGCUCACGGACACCCGCGACGUCGAUGGUCUUGCGGUAUGGCCGGCCUUUUUUCGUAGCCCCUAAAUUGUAUUGGUUCGGAAAUACCUCUCUUUAGAGCGCUCUCCGUGACGUGUGCGGCGGGAGGUGCGGAGGGAACCAUCGAUCGAGUCGAUCGGAAAGAGCAGGUCGUCGACUAUUCGAGCCGCCCUGCGAGGAUGCGAAUAUUGAAUUUCUGGGAACAUUGCUCUCUUGAGCACGUUAAGAUUUUGAACAUUAAUUUAGCCUCAUCUUCCAAAUGACCGAAAAACUGAACAUCGCUCGUUGUAUCGACGCCGGGGUCGAAGAAGUCUGACCAGAUUCCUGUUCUUUUCGCUCGCCAUCGAUAAAAUCGAAUAAGCUUGAGAAUCAUCUCAUUAUAAAACGUUAUAUUCGUCGGUGUCUCACGAGAUUUAACAAAAUAACACUAAAUAGAAAUCAAUCCCACGUGAAACGCAACUUUAUCCGUCGUUCGUCGUAGCGACACGUCAACCGAAAUCGGUUUGAAAAACCGCCCCUUACUUAGUUGUAGCUAACACGGUACAUAAUAUUGUAAUGUAAUUGUUGUUUGUUCACGGAUCACUAUUAGAACACAUUUAGCGGAUAAAUUAAUGCAUAUAAUAUAGUUUUAUGAAAUAAAUAUGUAUAUGUAAUCCUACAUGUCUAUUAAAUCAAUGAAAAUAGAUAACA